AGCAAAGGAAGACCCCUUAGCCCUUGGCCCUUAGCCCGACCAAUGAAGGCCAAGAUCAAAAAACCAAAAAAAAACCCCUCGUUUUGCAAUACAGAGCAUUUUAGAGUUCUGUUCUUAGCGACCUAAGAGCAGCAUCAGCAGCAGAGCAAAGUGGGGUUUUAGAGUUCUGUUAUUAACAACUUUUCCAAUCUUAAAAGUCACAAGAACAGGCGCAGCAGAGCAAAAGGUUUAGCGAGGAAAUGGCGGCGAAAAGGAAAACCCCUCUUAAGACCCGAAACCCUGAUCUGAUUCGUGGCGUAGGUAAGUAUUCUCGGUCUAAGAUGUACCACAAGCGUGGCCUUUGGGCCAUCAAGGCCAAAAACGGUGGCGUCCUCCCCCGCCAUGACCCCAAGCCUAAGGCAGCCGCUGCCCCGGAGAAGCUACCCAAGUUUUACCCCGCUGAUGAUGUCAAAAAGCCCCUUCUUAAUAAGCGCAAGCCUAAACCCACCAAGCUCAGAACGAGCAUUACUCCAGGGACAGUGUUGAUUUUGUUGGCUGGGAGGUUUAUGGGGAAGAGAGUUGUUUUCUUGAAGCAACUUACAUCUGGGCUUCUUCUGGUUACUGGACCUUUCAAGAUUAAUGGUGUUCCUUUAAGGCGUGUGAACCAAUCCUAUGUCAUUGCUACUUCCACUAAGGUUGACAUCUCAGGAGUUAAUGAAGAGAAGUUUGAUGACAAGUACUUUGCCAAGGAAGUAGAAAAAAAGAAGAAGAAGGGUGAGGGAGAGUUUUUUGAAGCUGAAAAAAAGGAUAAGAGGAAACUACCAGAUGACAAGAAAGAAGACCAGAAAGCUGUUGAUGCCUCUUUGAUAAAGUCCAUUGAGGGAGUCCCAGACUUGAAGGCCUACCUUGCGGCAAGAUUUUCGCUUAAGUCUGGCAUGAAACCUCAUGAACUUGUCUUUUAGAUGGAAUUUUGCAUUUGGUUGUACUAUCAGAUGGUAUAUGGGCAAAACCUAAACCCUGAGUUACCAUCUUUUGUAUGCAAGUACUUCAGUUUUCCUGACUAAUCCUUUGGUUAUGUCAUCAGUUUUCCUUCCGCAAGCUGUGGUCAGUUUGGCUCUUAGGUCUCUUAUGAAAAUACUGAUGGUAUGGUUUCCACAAAUUUAUGAAUAAAGUGUGAGAGUUAAACCGA